AUGUCAGCAGCAGCAGCAGCAGCAACAGGAAACUGUCUGUUACUGGGUGCGUUUGGCUCUCCUUGUGAGUCAUCCAAGGCUUCUCGGGGAUCCCCCCCCUACCGGGAGAUGUCAACUGCAAGCAACGGCUGGGGGCCGCAGGCAGACCCCCUGAUAUCCGUGGAGGAGCUUCUUUCGGAAUUAUCUCGGCAAGAACAGUUGCUUAUCCUCGACUGCAGCAUGACAGAAUUGCCCGUGUUCGGGAAUCGUUGUGCCGAGGAAGAGUACUUGAGGGGUCCCCGCAUUCCGGGCGCGCAGUUUUUCUGCAUCGACACCUGCAGCGACAGGAGUAACCCAUACCCUCACAUGCUGCCUUCGAGGGCUCAGCUGCGAGCCUAUGUGAUAGCCUUGCAUCAGCAGCAGAAACAACAGCAACAAACGGUGCAGCAGUUGCAGCAGCUCCACGAUCAACAGGAGAAACGGGAGCAGCAGGCGGAGGAACGCCAGGUACCCGUUCAGCAGCAACAGCUUCCGAAGAUCGUCCUAUACGACUCGGUGGGCUUUUUCUCAGCGUCACGGGUGUAUUGGAUGCUUCGCUGGGGGGGCCUGACAUCGCGGGUGCUGGACGGCGGCAUAAAGGCGUGGGUCGCCCGCUCACUUCCCGUGGACACGCGGCCUUUUAGCAGGGAGUGUCUCCUUCCACUUCCUGAGACUGCAGCAGUUGCUGAUUCCGCUGCCGGAGAAGACACUGCUGCUGCUGCUGCUGCAAGUCAGUGGGAAGAGGCGGGCAGUGGAGAAGAUCAAAACUCGCUGGUUGUGUCCUACGUGGACCUCUUGAAGCUUCUGGACGAGGCGGCAGGUACUACGAAGGAGGCUUCUACCAGUGGAAAGCGCGACAGUAGCAGCAGCAUCGGCAAGGAUUCGUUCUUGUUGGUUGAUGUGCGCACCCACGAUAGGUUUUCGGCGAGAUGUGGGGAGCCCCGCGAGGGAGUCUUUGGGGGGCACAUUCCCACCUCCAUCAACCUCCCAUUUACAACGCUUUUGCAGCCCCACGCGUUUUUCCCCAGUAGCAGCUGCAUCAGCAGCGGCCCCAUGACUUACCUGUGUCCUUUUGGGACUUCCGUGAGGGCCCCUCCCUUUGGGUACGCCACCCUGAAGACGGGAACAUCGUUGCUUUUUCCUUUGGGGCCGCUUCUUACGGGCGCGAACGUCAAGGGUGUUAGCAAGCAGCUGGAGGCCUUCCAGCAGCAGCGGCAGCUGCAACACCAACUGCAGCAAGAACAGCAAGACCAACAGGAGGUGCCGCAACACAAGCGUCCAGAGUAUCCGCAUUUGGACUUUUCGGAGGCAAAACGAAUUGUAUGCACUUGCGGAAGCGGCGUAUCGUCAUGCAUCCUUUUCUGCGCGCUUCUUGAGGUGGGCUACCCGGUGUCGCUGCUUUCUGUCUACGACGGCUCUUGGACUGAAUGGGCAGAGAGACGCUUGGCAGAGGCACCUUUGGGGGGGCCCCCGGGGUCCCAAUACCCGACGCUGGUCGUCCCCCCUCCUACGCAGCAGCAGCAAGAGGCCCUUCUCGCAGUUAUCAGUUCAAGGGGUCUUUCCACGAAGAGUUCUUGA